AUGCUUUCUCCUCUUUCUGUGUGCAGCGGCAGCGAGAUUCCAGGCGUUCCUUCCAAGAAACCCGCCGGCGCAGCUGCAGAGUCGGUUAGUGAAGCCAGUGAAGCCGGUCUGUCGGAUCGGGGAUCGAAACCGGUACCAGAAGCGGCCGCAGGGGAGCCGGCCGACAUUGCAUCUGCUGGCCAUCCGGUUUCCGCUCAGGUGCGCGCAGAGUCAGUCCAGGUCGUUUUCUACGACCAGCCGACCUUCCCCGGCCAUUUCUACGUGGCGGAUUGCCGCAGGUGGAUGAGCGUGGUGCGCGGAGGAGUAGAGGACGGUUCAGAUGGGUCGGAGGGGCUAGACGAGGAAGGCCUUGGAGGUCCGGGUAGCACGGGUUCGGAAAAAAAGGCAGCGAACGCGGCGAAUGAUGCGAAUGGUGCGGUUACCACGUCGCCGAGGGGGUCGCCAGGCGAGGCGGGGCGGGUGGGCGUGUGGCUACGGUCGUUCUGGGCCACCUCGGGGCACAUUGAACCCCCCAGGACGCAGAGAGCCAAGUCGCGCGGAUACGUGAGUGCUGGGGCUGCCAUCAGGUGGUUGCAGGGGUUCAGAUCGCGCAUGUUCUUCCUUGGGAAGGCAACACCCAAGCCCAGCAAGGAAGCUGACCCUGGUGCAAGCACAGACCUUUUAGAAGCAACGGAGCCUCCCAGCCUUAUCCUAGGCAAUUCGGCUUUCGACAUCAAAUCAGCUUCUGACGUUAAACCAACAGGGACUUUUGUAGUGGAGAGCAUGCAAGGCAUCUCAAAAAGGACACUGGGCGAACCAGGGGUUUCACAGGAGGAGCUGAAUCAGGGAGGGUUGGGCCAGGGGAAGGCGGAACUGGGGCAGGCUGCAACUGGUCCAGAUUCACUGCACCAGCAGCUUCUGGGGCCGCCUGUGCGGGAGAGUGCGAAGCAGGCCAAGGCAGUUGAAGAUUUGGGAGGAGCAGAGGCAGCUGUAGCGACUGCUGAGCCUGUUAAAGAGAGGGAUGCAUUAUGGGGGACGGUUUUGGGGGUCAAGGGUGGGGAUACGAAGCAGGAGGUGAUUUUAGAGGGGGAGAUUGUAGAAGAGGACGAGGAUCCUGCUGCGUUGGAUUCUGUGGGGCAUGUUGGGCGGCUGAGUUUGGUUGUAGCGGCUCAAGUUGCUGCUGCGCCUGUGGCGCUGCUGCUGCUGUUACAGGAAGCUGGGGUGGUUACCAUAUCGCUGGUUACUUCUACUGGCCGGGCGGCGACUGCUGCUCUGAAGAGCAACUCUGCCACCAUAGUGCUACUAAUCUCCCAGCCUAUUGGACUCAAACUCAAUGAUGAGCUCACAGCUGCGUACGGCGCCCUAUCCUGGCAGGCGCUGCAGGCUUGGGCUAGCUUCGGCGGCGCGUAUGGCUCGGUACUUCCCUACCUGGCAGUGCUGGUGGUUGGUUCGGCAGGGCUGUUUAUGGGAAUGUCGGCCGCAGUGGGGGUUAUAGCUGACCUGGUGCUGCUGUCGAACCUCCAGCUGGCGCUCGUUCAUUGGUGCCUGGCGCCCAUGUAUCGCAUGCAGCUGAAUGCUGUCAUUGCCCUCUGGCGCCUCUUCAAUGGCCUCAAGUGGAACCCUCUACACAAGCGCAUUGACUCAGUGGAGUGCACCCUCGGGCAACUCACCCUCGGCUCGCUGCUCUUCACCAUCCUCACCCUCCUCCUCCCCACCACCGCCAUCUUCCACAUCCUCUUCGCCUCGCUCUGUCUUGCGAUCUCGGCUGUCCGUUCCGCCCUGCAAGCCGCUGCCUCGCUCCUGCUGUCCUUCCCGGUGUAUCUGCUGCUGGUGAGGCUGUAUCGGCCUGAUCAGGUUCCAGGUGGGGUGUGGCUGGAGUUUGUGGGAGGAGGAAAGGGAGGAGUUGGAGCAGGAAGGAGAGUAGGUGGAAGGGUAAGGGAAGGAAGGGGGGCGGUGGAGGGGAGGACAGGAGCGGGAGGAGAGGACAAAGCAAGGAGGCGAAACCAUAAGGCAGAGGAGGGGGCUGCUCAAGAACAUUCAAGAGCCGUUCAGGGGUGUGGGUUAAGAGAGAGUGAGGGGCUGGAAGGGAAGGAGCAGGCUGAGUGUGCAUGGGAAGGUGAUGAUGGUCAGAGAGGGAAGGGUGGGGCAUGUGGGGGUGCCUGUUGCAGGGUCACUGAUGGUGCUUGUGUGAGUGCUGUGGGAAUUGGUGGUAUCCAUGCGGCUGCUGCUGCUGCUGCUGCUGCUGCUGCGCCUACUACUCUUCCUGAUGCUUGUGGCGGUACCAGCAACAGCAGAAGCAGUAUCCGUGACGGCAGUGGAGGAGCAGCAACCCUUGCUGGUAGCACAGUCAAUCUCUCGCAUCCAUCCAGGUUUAGUUUCUUUAAGCCGGCUCAGCUGUCCAAAGUGGCAAGGCAGGGAGCCAAUGGCAGUGCAGCUGAGAUUCAGCUCAUGAAGGCAGGAAAGCUGGGUGAUGGAAGAAGGAAGCUGGGUAAGCGAAGAUCAGUUGGCCAAAUUCAGCUGGCGAAGUCGGGAUAA